AGCAAAUGGCGUCGUAGAGUGAAGAUGCGCAAAUUUUUUUUCAAAUCUUGACUGAAUUUCGUCGUAAAGGGAACAUUACUAAAAUUUUUGGUGAAAUAAACGUUGUCAGUUAUGUUUCGCAUCGCGAAAUCGUCUGGUGUGGCACCGAAACAACGCAACUCGGGUUGAACCGAAAAAUCUUUUAAGUUUUGAUAAAAACACAAACAAUGAACGAAGAGCCGGAACUUAAGGACGAAAAACAGGGAACCAUUUGGCCCCCUGCGGACGGUGGCGCAUCCUCGAGCCCCCAGCCACACGUUAACAUACCUGUACCCACCACCCCACAGGGUGUUCCUGUGAACCAAGGCUUGGAGUACGAAUUACCGCCUGAACUUCAACAACAAGGAUGGAAAAAGUUCUGGUCGAAACGGGAGAACAGGCCCUACUUUUGGAACAAACUCACCGGCGAGAGUCUGUGGGAGAUGCCCCUGUUGAAGCCCCACUUCGAUCCCAUCACCGAUCCGUUGGGCAUAUGCGCCCCGCCGUUGCCCCAUCCGGGCCCCAUUCCCCUGGCCCACAUGCCACCCAACACAGCCGUGCCUAUAGUGAAACGAAGAGCUUCCGAAGAAAUUGGUCCGCAAGCCAAAAAGUUCAUUUUGGCCGGUCCUUGGGAUCUCGACGUACAGACCAAUGUGAUUAUUUUAGAAAGAUCGCCGUGCUCCUUUAUGCAUUCCCAUCCCGAAGUGGAGGCGUAUAGGUGCAGUUUGCUGUCGAAACUACGACAGAGCUACCAAGAAGUUUGCCAUUCGAGAGAAGCCAUAGACGCCCCAAAGGACUCGUUUAACAGAUGGUUAAUGGAACGAAAGGUCAUCGAUACCGGCUACGAUCCGUUACUGCCCAGCAACUGCUAUCCGGAAAUCUCCCUGUCCAUGUACAAAGAAAUAAUGAACGACAUACCCAUUAAAUUGGUGAGGCCCAAGUUUACCGGCGACGCCCGCAAGCAGCUCUCCAGGUACGCCGAGGCCGCCAAGAAGAUAAUGGAGAGCCGAAACGCCGAGGCCGAAAGUCGUAAGGUGGUCAAGUGGAAUGUAGACGAGACCUUUCAGUGGUUGAGGAAAACCGUCGGGGCCACUUACGAUGACUUCCAGGACCGGCUGGCCCAUCUCAAGCAACAGUGCCAGCCGCAUUUAACGGAAACCGUGAAGAGUUCCGUUGAAGGAAUAUGCCUUAAAAUGUACAAUCUUUCGCUGGAGUACGCGAAGAAAAUUAGAGAGAAAUCGAAUUCAGCGUUAAAGGAGCACGGGCUCGAAUUGCCGCCUCCCAUGAACACCCAUACGACCAGAAAAGUGUGGUGUUAUCCCAUACAAUUCGCCAUAGGUUGUCCGAGACUGCCCGUUGUAGACUAUUUACCCGACAGGGACCAGGCCCUGUUGAGGUACCAGGGAGAUACGUUGGCGAUUAACAGUAGUCAUUUACAAAAAUUGGAGCACCUUUACAGGCACAGUUGCUUCGACGAUAGGAAAUUCGAAUUUUUCAUACCGAGAGUGUGGGUGAUGCUGAAGAGGUACGCGACGUUUUUGGGCGUCAAUCCAUCCCCGAAUACGGCAAAUUCGGACGUUCAAGACACCCAACAGUCCCUGCCCGUUACCGUAUUCGAGUGCCUUAACAGGGCAUUCGGAGUGACGUUCGAGUGCUUCGCGUCCCCCUUGAACUGCUACUUCAAACAGUACUGCUCGGCGUUCGCCGAUUGCGAUUCCUACUUCGGCAGCAGAGGUUCGUUUUUGAAAUUGAAAGCCGUAUCGGGCUCGUUUGAGGCGAAUCCCCCUUACUGCGAGGAACUGAUGGAGGCCUCGGUGGAUCACAUGGAGCGAUUGUUGAGCGACAGCCCGGAACCUUUGAGCUUCAUCGUGCUGAUGCCCGACUAUCGGGAACCCACCCCGGUGGCCUUGAGCAGGCUCGAGACUAGCCAAUUCAAGCGGAAGCAGGUCACCAUACCUGCUUACGAGCACGAAUUCAGGCACGGGUUUCAGCACGUUUUGAGCAAGUCGGAGCAGAACAUUCGAUCAGUUCACGCGACGGUGAUAGUUUGGUUGCAGAAUCCCGCGGGGCAUCAGCGAUGGGAGCCGACUGAGGAACGGGUUCAGGCGCUUUUGGAGGCGUUCAGGCCGGGUAGAGAAAGGGAAAGGGACAGACAGGAAUUGUUGAGUCCCACUAGGCAAGGUAGCACGUCAGAUAGCAAAGAAGUCGCGAAACACGUGGCCAUUUGAGAGUUUUCCUGAGAGCGAUUCUCGAGUGUUUUUCUCUCGAAUCGACACGUAGCAUUAGUGCAUUGACUUAUGGGUAAAUUCAGAACUCUGAAGUCUCGGAACGAAAGGAUAAGAAUGGUAGUAGGAAGACUUGGAACGUACUUGUGAAUUGCUCGAACGAGCUCCGGAUAAGUUGAGGGUAAAUGAAUAUUUUUAAACUGAAUGCAGCCCUGCAGGAUUGUUGGUGAUUGAUGGUUUAGUACAUUCUUAAGUAGUUUCAUGAUGAUCUCACUUUUAAUCCUUAACCAUAAGGCGUCUUGGAUUGUAAUCGAUGGUGAAAAUGUUAUUUUCGAUCGGAGUAAUGGCAAUUCCUUUUGUGUUUAGUUACCCAUUUAAUGCUAACAACCGAAUAAUGUGCAAUAAUGAUGCCAAAACGAAAAUAUUUGUCGAGCUAAAAUCGAAUGAAUUGAGAGAGUCUUGCGAGUUCUUUAAUUUAGCUGGAAAAUUUCUUUUGUGAAGUAUAUUUUUAACUUAUGUUUAGAAAUUCAUGGGACGUUUGAGUAAAAGGUGUUUCGAUACUGAAGUAUCUGGAUAUAAAUUUGAGUACUUAUGAUAAUUUCAAUUAUUCCCGUGCAAAAAUUCCUUUCAAAGUGACAACAAAUUAAUAUGUAUGCUUAUUUAUCUCGAAAUUAACUUUUCUAUUAACACUUUAAUAUGACUAAAUCACUCACUAAAUAAUGAAGUACCUGAACUCUCCUAGAAUAAUAUAUUACAUAAUUAUCGAUAAUUCUCUAUUACCAUUGUUAUUGUUCAUCUCUUACCUGAUAGCUUGUCAAUGCAUUCAGUGGCGUGAAUAAUUUUUAAUCCAGGUUAGAUUUUUUUUGUUUAGGAGCGAAAGAAAAUUGAAGGAAAUAGUUUUGGUUAAAACCAGUGGUUAAUCAAUCGAUAUGUUACGAGUAAAGUUAGAUAAACGACUUAAUCUAGGUUUACCAGGGUAAUGAAACAUGGGUAGGGUAGGGAAGGUUUCUUGGGUUCCUACCAUGAGGGUUUCUUAUGCCAUGAGAAACCUACCCUAUUCUAUUCUAUCCGGGUAAACCUAGGUUUGGUAGUUUAUCUAACUUUACCCGUAAUAGAUAUAUUACAUAGGUAACUUGAAACUUUCAGUUACAUUUAAAUCGAAUUAUACAUUUGUAAAUACACAAUGGAACAUUUACAUUAGGUUUUUUUCAUGUAAAGUACGUUUAAAACCAUUUUAAAACAGUUUUUUUAUGUACAUAUUAUAGGGAGUGGUUGGAAAAAUAAAAUUGAACGUUUUUUCUCUUAUACACAAAUUGAUUUUAAACGUACUUUACUUCUGUAUGCAUUUUUUAGCUUUGUAUAUUGUACAUUUUUCUGAGGGAGUAGUUUUUUUUCUUACGAGAAUAUUCGGCUGAACGUAGGACCAUUUUUUGAGUGUGAUUAUUUUUAUUUAUUAUUAUUAAUGACGUGAAUUGGCUGGUUCCCAUAUUCAUAUAGCGUAUUGAAAAUGAAAAUUAAAAAUUUUGUUGUAUGUAAUAAUACUAUAUAGUACUUGUUUUAUAUUUUUAAUAAAAUAUUUGAGAAAUUUUUGUAAAAUAGUUUUUAGUACUGAUGCUGAUAAAUAAUAUUACUUACUUACCUACCUUUUAUUAUUAUAUUCCUGAUUUUCUUCACGUAGUCUCAGGAUAUUUUGUGAAAAUUAAAUUCGUUGUUCAUUCAGCACAAGGUAAGUGAAUUUGAAUUAUUUAUCAACUGACUAGAUUUGAGUUUUUUGUGAACAGGGAAAGAAAAUAAACUUUUAAGACAUUACAUUUUAUUAU